AUGGCCAAACGCAAACGACGGCAGUCGGGCUCUCACGAAUCUCGCCCCCGUUUCCUCUCGCAGCCUCCCUCCCCGAACGGAAUCAUCAAUCCGUUCAGCCGCUCGAGCAGCGAGCAGAGGCAGCUCUCUGUCGCCGGGCUAGGCGACGCCGAGCGUGACCCCUCCCGCGCCAUCAGGCACUUUCCGCAUCGGCGCAUCGGCGGAGACGACUCGACGACAGCCGGGUCGGACGACGAGGCCGACGCCCUCCCCGACGCGGCUCCCCGCAAAGGCGCUGCCUCGCCGCGGCGCGGGGCUGCGGCGUCUCGCGACGGCAAGACGCUGGAUGUGUUGCUGAGAUCCAUCCAUCAGCUUCUCGACCGGGGCAUGGUCGAGCGCUCGGCAAGGCUGUUUGGCGCGGUGCUGCGGCUCCGGCCCCGCGCCCGGCCAAUCGAUAUCCGCCAGCACGGCCUGUGGGCAAUAGGGGCCGAGAUCAUCAUGAGAGGGGGGGAAGAGAGGGCGCGGGGCCCGGGAGCCGGCCAAGCAGGCGGCAGCACCUGCGAAACCGCGCCGGCGCGAUGGGGCUCUCCUGCCAACAUGGACGGGUUGAGGGCGUACCUGGAGACGCUGAUGCAGGAGCAUCCGUACGACCAUAGGUUCCCGAGCAACGUCUCGGCUCUGGACUUUCAGCUCCUGCUGCUCGGCUGCGAGGUCUACAACUGUCACGCGGAGUACUCCUCUGCCAUGGCGACCCUGGACGAGGAUCUGAAGAGCUGGCGACGAGGGCCUGUGAUGGGCGCUGGGACAUGCCGCCCGGACAGAGACCCUGAUUUCAGGCAGCCUGUUGCGACGGGGGAAGCGCAUGAUCCUGCCGAGCCGAAAGGCGUACGCACCAAGAAGGAACACAUUCGCUCACGAGCAUUGAGAACAAUGGAGGCCAUCGCGAACAAGAUGGACAUUCUGAUCAAGGAUUUGCCUUACUCCAAGAACCAUCACUUCCUCAACCUGCGCGCGGCGGUGUCAUUAUUCAUCGGAGACCUUGUACUCUCCCUACAAGACGGCAGCCAUCAGCACGAGCACGAAGCCGCAAAAGCAACGCGGCAAUGCGAACAAGAGACUGCGCGGAGGCUGAUGCACAGAGUCUUGAGCAGCGGAGGAAAUAUCGCGUCGCCAGUGCUUCAUUUUGCAGGCUACAUUACAAAUGCAAACCCGGCGUUUCAGGAACAGCAGUUGCAUGCCACGCUGCCCAUCCGAGGCCCAUGA